ACCAGCAGUAUUCAUGGUCGCCCUCGCAGUACUUCGAUGAGGACAGCUACUCACCUCCACCCAGGAACAUGAAGGGUCUCUCUGGCAGCCGCCCUGCCCAUCUCCAGCUCACCUCUACCACCUCAGCCCACACCUGCGGCCUUGCUGACUGCGACCAUUCCCUGGACCAUCACCUUCACCAUGGCAACUCACGGCCCCACUCCUACCUCCUCAGCCCCACUGAGAGCUGCCCCCUUGAUGGUCACCAUCGCUGUUCCCCGCGGAGCUCCAUCCACUCUGAGUGCAUGGUGAUGCCAGUGUCCAUGUCAACUACUGACCACUCAAUCUCUAGUAGCACUUUCCCCCGCAUGCACUACGGCAGCGCUUCGCGGGACAGCGGUGGCAACACCUCUGGCGGCAGAGAAUCCCGAGACGAUGGGGGUUCUUCCUCCCACGGUGGCAGUGGCAAAAUGAACAGAAUCCCAGCAAACCUCCUGGACCAAUUUGAGAAGCAAAUGCCGCUGCACAGGGAUGGCUUCCACACACUGCAAUACCAACGCACCUCCACCACAACCACAACUACAGAGCAGCGCAAUGAAAGCCCAGGGCGAAUACGCCACUUAGUCCACUCAGUACAGAAGCUCUUCACAAAGUCACACUCCCUAGAAGGUUCCUCCAAGAUGAACGGUACCAAAAGCGAUUCCCAUCGGGACGGCUCACACCACCACCAUCACCACCACCAAGGCCACCACAAACACAGCAAACGCAGCAAGAGCAAAGAACGUAAAUCUGACGGCAGUGGUAAGCAACGGUCAGGAGGUUGGUGGAGUUCAGAUGAUAAUCUUGACAGUGACAGCACGUACAGAACACCCAGCAUCAUGUCACGGCAUCCUGUGGACCACAUCAGCCACUGCUACCCUGACUCCAUGCAUGGCCACCUUGCUGGAGACCUCUCACUAAAGACAUCCAAGAGUAACAACGAUGUCAAGUGUUCAGCCUGUGAGAGCAUAAGCAUGGCACCGGAGGGAAAGUUCAUGAAGAGAAGCUCCUGGUCAACACUAACGGUCAGCCAAGCCAAGGAGGCAUACAGGAAGUCCUCACUUAACCUGGAGAAGCCCAUGAUGCCCACUGACCUCAAGCCCAACCUCAGGCCCUGUCACUAUCUACAGGUGCCCCAGGAUGACUGGGGGGGCUACCCAGGCGAAGGGAAGGAUGACGAGAUCCCUUGUCGUCGCAUGCGAAGCAGCAGCUACGUUAAAGCCAUGGGGGAUGAGGAGAGUGGAGAGUCGGACUCCAGCCCCAAGACAUCCCCUCAGAAAUCAGUGCGGCCUGACGCCCUGGUCAAGGCCAUCAUCAGACCCAGGGAACUGCUGGACACUCAGAGCUCUUACCGCCUGGAUAAAAUCAACAGUGACAUGCGUAACUACAUCACCAAUUUCGCUGCAGACUUAAGUCAGAGCUACCACUUGCAAGCCGCCAGGGACAUGCACCCAAGCAUUGCCCUGGACCCCUCUACCAACUACAACUCUCCAAAGUUUCGCUCCAGGAACCAGAGCUAUAUGCGGGCUGUCAGCACCCUUAGUCAGGCGAGCUGUGUCAGCCAAGUGAGCCAGGUGAGUGAAUCAGAAAUAAACGGGCAGUUUGAGUCAGUGUGUGAGUCGGUGUUUAGUGAGGUGGAAUCACAGGCCAUGGAAGCGUUGGACCUGCCCGGCUGCUUCAGAACCCGGAGUCACAGCUACCUGCGAGCCAUCCAGGCCGGCUACUCUCAAGACGAUGACUGCAUCCCCCCCAUGGCCUCCACUGUCACCUCCACCAUCAGGGCUACCACAGGGAUCCAGUUCUGCCUCCCCUCCACCUGCAGCAUUGAUCGGACUCAUCAACAAACCCCAGCCAUCACCUACACACCCAGCUAUAAGAAGACCCCUCCUCCUGUCCCACCACGCACCACCUCAAAACCUCUCAUCUCCAUCACGGCCCAGAGCAGCACUGAGUCCACCCAGGACGCCUACCACGAGGGGAGGCACCUUCAUGGUGGGAUGUGGGCACCUGAAGGCAUCAGCCUGGGGUUAAGUCCAGGCAGGGGCCUUUAUAAUUCCACUGACAGCCUUGACAGCGCCAAGGCUGUGACCAUAGCCAUGGAGGCGGCUGGAGUUAUGUCUGGAAAAAGACACCCCUCCACUGACAGCCACAGCUCGGUGCUCACCUGUGACAAGGCUGUCCUGGUGUCAAAGGCUGAGGAGUACUUGAAGACACCUCGAUCCUCUAUAGGAAUACAGGUGGAAGCAGCCACGGACUCUGAGUCGGAAAGCAAAGGCUCCCGGGAGUACCAUUCUGUUGGGAUCCAGGUGGAGGAUGACAAGAAAGGACAGGGCAGGUUUAAACGCUCCAACAGUGUGACUGCAGCCGUGCAGGCUGACAUGGAGUUAGAGGGCUUCCCUCUCAUGGAGGACAAGGGCCUGCAGUUUGGUGGGGGCUUCCAGCGUCACUCAGAGCCCAGCACGCCCACCCAGUAUGGGGCUGUUCGAACAGUACGCACCCAGGGUCUCUUCAGCUACCGUGAGGAUUAUCGUACCCCGGCUGAGCCCCCCAGUCCCAGGGAGACCACCAGCGAGUCCCCAUGGCAGCUGGAACCCCCUUCCCCACGGGACAGCGUAGCCUCACCGGGUGAGUCGGGCAGGGUGUCCCCCUCCCUGCGGAGGGACGGGAGCUGGUUCAUGCAGCUGCUCCACACAGAAACCAAGAGGAUCGAGGGCUGGUGUAAAGAGAUGGAGGCAGAGGCUGAAGAGAACGACCUGUCAGAGGAAAUCCUAGGCAAAAUCCGAAGUGCAGUAGGAAGUGCUCAGCUGCUCAUGUCUCAGAAAUUCCAGCAAUUCUACUGGCUGUGUCAGCAAAACCUGGACCCCAGUGCAAUGCCUCGCCCCACCUCUCAGGACCUGGCUGGGUUCUGGGACCUGCUGCAGCUCUCCAUCGAGGACGUCACCGUCAAGUUUGACCAGCUGCAGCAGAUCAAGACCAACAACUGGAGGCUUGUUGACAGCCCAGAGAAGAAGCCACUAGCUCCUGUACCAAAGAAGACAGUGCGACAGAGGAGUGUGAUACAAAGGGAGAAAUCUCUGGACCUCCCAGACAGGCACCGGCAGGAGGCCCGUCGGCGGCUAAUGGCAGCGAAACGGGCAGCAUCCUUCCGGCAGAACUCAGCCUCUGAGCGAGCAGACAGCAUUGAGAUCUAUAUACCGGAGGCUCAGACUAGACUUUGAGAAGACAGGGUCGGGGGUGGACACACCUCCCUGCACCCACUUUCAAACAACUUUAAAACUAGCCUUUUUUCUAGACUGCUAUUCUCUCUACUCUUCCUUUAUCCAUCUGUUGUCUGAUCUCGAUAGCCAUCCUCAGAGCCCAUUGCCAAAACCAUUGGUCUGUAGGAUGUGCAAAGCCUCCUCUCCCAUUACAUGAAUAAGUGUUAGCAAAAUCGUAUGUCUGACAUUUGACAUGGGACGGUUGGGUUUCUCCUUGGUUUGCUGUUGAUCCUGAAACCCAGCCUACAAGCUCGCUCAUUCAAUACCCUGGAUGGCUACGUCUGUAGUUUUUCAGCAUUUGCAAAGUGCCAUUUAAAAAGUGCAGCUUUGAAAACCUACCAGCAACCCGGCCUUUGAGCUAAAAACGAGUAAUUGAGAGAAAUUAUAUUUAUUUCAAGUUGUUCAAAUAUGGUCAAAGUUAGUAACCCUUCAGUAUUUUAAAAUAAUUUAAAGGUUAAAUUAUGACUUUAUUUAUUUAGUUGUUUUGUGGAGUAAAUGUUAAUUACAGUUUUAAAUCACAAAAUUGUUGUAAGUUAAAAACUUUGAAAAGUGCCAGUGCUUGAAAUACCUCAACUAUGUGCAUGUGGCACUGAUCACCCAUUAAAGGUUAUUCAGGCAGCCCUUAUAAGCUCUGGACUGGUCAGUGUUGAAAAAUGCAGCUUUCUAUCCAAUCUGGUUGUAGUCAAACUUUUUUCUUGGUCUGGAUUGGUGGAAGUAUGACAUCUGUCAGCUCAUUGACAUGCACAUUUCAUAUAUAUCUCAUGUUCCCGUUGCCAACUUUCAAAUAUUGACAUUUACUUGAAGCCGAAAACAUGUAAGUCUUGUGCCAACAUUUACAUUAAGUCAAUGCAGUAGAAAAAAAUGAAGGUUUAUGUAUCUCCUUAGAUCAAAAUGUGUAGACAAAUGCACUUAUGCACUUACUACAAUUCUCUCUAUUUUCAAGGGAAAUGUAUAUAACCAAGUUCACUAUAGUACUGUUGUAUUUUUGAAUUGUAAGCAGGAAAAAUAUUCAUCUUAUAUUUAUAUUUAUUUUCCAUAGUGUCUAAUGCUUGCCUGCCCUCUUUAUUGCUUUGACAAAUCUAGAUUCAUCGCAUACCUAAAGUAGCUUGAUCGCACAGAAAACCAUACUGCUGUGUUUCCCUAAAUAAACUUCUCUCAGGCCCUUUCAAGUAGCGCCCUCAGCUCCAGUUAAUGAGGAGUGAUUGAAAAACUGCCAAAACAUAAAGAAAGUAUCUCCAUAGUAGUUUUUGUUACCCAGGAAAUUAUUUUGAAUUCAAUACUUAAAAAGUUCUGUGUUAUUUGAAGUCUCCUGAAGCAGUUCCCUCUUGGAGAGCUGCAAAAUAAUGAAACAAAAGUGGGGCAAAGAGAAGAAAGGAAGGAAGGAAGGAAGUCAAAUAACUUGAGUUGUGCUCGUCUCCUGUUGAAAGAAGGCACACAAGAAAAGGAUAUGAACUGUCUGCGGCUUUGCAGACAUAAUGGAAUUAGCUAGUUAUUUCUUGUUGCCUUUGAUAUCCAUCACAGUCUCGAGAUGUAGCAAUAGCACCAGCUAUAAAAAUAAACUACUUCCUGUAUGACUUCCUAGGUUGAACCUAAAUUAAACAGUAUACUAACUGCAAGUUGUAAGUAUUACCUAUCUUCACGGUUUUGAAAAAGUUUGAGGGCCACUGAGCAAGCUAACUCAACCAACUGACAAAUACAAAAUGAGCUUGCUAAUAUGUGACACAGUUCAGUCAAUGAGAAGGCUUUAAAUAGCAUUUUGUGGUUGAUAUGACAUUUCUCACCUGAAAAUUGAUCAAAAAACAUCCCACACAAAUUGAAAAUGUAAUUACAUUUAAUUAGAAUAAAGGAACACACCCCAAAUUGGUGACUAAAUGUUUAAGCUAUGUUAGCUUAAUCAGAGAUUUCCAACACUUUCUGAAAACUGCUAACUCUGACGCACAUGAUUUAGGCUAACCAAAUGCUAACUAGCAAAAACAUUUUUAAGUUUUUGUGACUUUACCUGCUUAAGUAAAUAACUUUGAAUCUUGUCAGUUUAAGUUUGGACUUUACACACAGAUUUAGAGAUGGAUGUAUGAAUAGCUUGAGCAGCCAAGUCAUUGAAAGCUAAUGUAGGCUAAUGUGAAAGAGAUUUGAAACUGUAGGGCUUAUGAUAUGAGGCUAUAGUGUUUAUGGAAUUUACUUCCAGGGUAAAUUUUAAUUAACUCAUCUUGAGUUAAGAUUCUGCUGCUCCAUAUUGUGAAAUUUUGGUGCCAGUAACUUGAACAUCAGUUUUCAUUGUAUUGCUAAUGUUUUACUCAAAUCACAGACCUAAAGACUGAAUUCUAUUGAUAAAACCUUUAUAUAACCAACCAACCAACCGUGAAGGUGCUGUUUUUUAUUCAAUAAAUACAGUCCUAGAUAAACAAUCAAUGCAACACAAUCAGCUUUCAGCUGUUAAUACAUCACUUAAAUAUCUAUUUUUAUGACUUAGAAAUCUUUGAUGGAGCGAUUGUGAUGGUGUUAAUUAUGGGUAGGGAUAGGGAGAUUUAUUAUAUCGCAGUAACAGCAACAUUUCUCCCGAUUUGAAUAUUUGUGUGUGUAUGUGUGUUUUGUUUAUGUGUGCGUGUGUUGGCUGUGAGGCACAGCACUGACAUAUUCAGAAUAGAGAGGGUGAAUCUGAGGUCAGUGUUUCUCAAUUUCCUUAUUACUACCCAACUGUGGCCUGACCUGAAUCUCUCUCUCACAGACAUACAAAUACCCUUUGUCCUUUUGUUAUCAGUACUCUUUUAAAAUGUAUUUAGACACCAUAUCAUAGCAUACAAAUUAUAUUUCCAAUGCUACGGGCUGAAUUGUUAUACAAAUGCAAUCACAAUUUAAACUAUACCCACUUUCGGUUCAUUUCUGCUCUUAGCCCUUCAUGACUUCAAGUCAUGAAGUUCAGUGAAUCUUUCACUCCAUCUGAGAAUAUGACGUUUAAUUGUAAGAAAUUCUUGGAGCAGAGCUCAGACAACAUUUAUCAGAAAGCUUAGAAGUAUAUUAAGAUCAAAUCACCAAAUGAAUGCUUCAAACAUGCAUUUAAUCAAUGCUUAACUUACACACUUAGGCCUCAGCUGAGUGCUAGAUUAUGCAUUUUUUAAAGUCAUACCCUUCUAUGAUACUGCAGGGUUUUUUUUAUUUAUUAAAGAGGCAGGGACAUGACAGCAGGUUUCUGGAAAGUGUCUGGGCGCCUGAUGCCAGGCAGUUGGCAGAGCGAAGACAUGCUCCUGCUGUUUCCACGGUGGCAGGCAGACUGGAGAGAGACAGACUCGGCCUGACAUAUGCUGGCUCAGAGGAGACAAGAGGUCCGCACUGUGCCCCAAACUUUGCGUGUCGUCUGCAGUUGUGUAGCUGGAAGGCUGUUCUGUGAGGAUCUCUAGGCGCUGUGUUAGGUUGUUGUUUUUUUAUCCUGCUUUUGUCUUGGCAAAGCAGCUUAUGUAAGAUUUGGGGUCCUUGGUGAGAUCAAGCAAAGAGCCUCUGAGGCCCUUCAAAGCGUGUGUUGAUAAAUGUAUUGCUGAAAAGUGGCCUACAUUGUUGAACUUAAGCAUCAGCACUACGUGUAGUUCUAUCUAUCUUUGCUGGGACAAAUUCUCUGAAGGCUGUUAUUGAAACAAUGGAGGAGUUUCUCCUAUAUGCAAAAUGAACAAGGCUGUGAAAAGAGUUUUGAGUUUCUGUUUACACAUCUGCUUCAUCUCAAAUAGACACACUCGUGAUUGCGAUGGGACUUUUUUUUUGGUGAAACCAUCGACAUUUCAAAUGUAAAGUGCAAGUCAGGUGAGCAGAAAAAUGUCGGAAGGGGUUGUGCAAAAAUAAUUGGACAUACACUUUUGUAAAUUUACAGCCACAGCUCAAGAUAAGAAGAAGUGGACUUUCAGAAAUCAUACAUUUAGUC